AUGCUUGGAUUCGAGAAAGCUGUGGGCAGAGCAGUGCUGGCCGCCCCGCCUGCUGGCUUUGGUCCUCAGGCAGGCUCUCCGCCCCCUCGAGUGGGCGUCCUCCUGUACAAGGAGCGGUGUUGGUCUCGGGGACAGAAGACCCAGUCAGUGCCUUGGAACUCGGUGGAGGGUGCUUCUCUAAAACUUGUGUGGCUUUCACCAUUACCUUUAGAACCUGUCAUAUCCACGGGCCAGAAGUACAGCUUGCCAGCAGAUGAGGAUUCUGCAUUACCGAAGUUAGUGGAAAAGAAACCACCUGGUGGCCAGCCGUGGGAGCUGUCUUCUGAGACUGCAGGAGUAGCUAAGCCGGAAGAUUGGCGGCCGGCUGUGGGCGUGGCCGGAAGUGACGUCACCGCCCCGCCCAGCAAGGAGCUCCCGCCGAGCCCCGGGAAGAAGGCGAGGCCAGCUCCCACCACCUCUGGUGGACCGAAUAAAAAACCCAUGACCCUUGCCUCAGGCUCAGUGCCGGCUGUCCCACCCAAACGCCCCACGGCCACCACCGCCAGGCCCUCCACUUUACCUUCGAGAGACCUGAAGCCCAAGCCUACUGCGGAGGCAAAGGUCCCUGAGAAGCGGGCCUCGCCCCCCAAGCUGGCCUCUGCCCCAGCCUCCAGGCCCAGCUCCAGGAGUGCCCAGGUGGCUCCCAGAGGCGCAGCGGCCGUCACCCAGGGAGCUGGCGGCAGGAGCCCCCCAGCAGCCCUGCCCAGGAGGCCCCCAGCUGUCAGGACUGAGGGGAGGCCUGCAGAUGUGAAGAAGGUGGCACCAGCUGACUCCAGUCGCUCCAAGAGCACCACCACCAGUUCCCCGAAGAGGACUGUCCCUGCGCCUGGGGCAGCGCUCCCUGCUGGGGGUGCUCCAGGUCGCGUCAAGCCUGCAUCCACGCCUGUCCGGCCCUCUGGGACGCCGCCAGUGGACAAGAAGCCCAUGUCAGCCAAGCCCAGCUCUUCUGCCCCCAGGGUGGGCCUCCUGGCUGCCCGGACCUCUGCCUCCGAUCUGAAGAGUGUCCGCUGCUUGGAGAACAACAAGCACCAGCCAGGAGGAGGCCGGGCCAAAGUGGAGAAGAAAACAGAGGGGGCUGCUCCCACUCGAAAGCCCGAACCCAGCACAGCUGCCAAGACCUCGGGCCCAGCUGUGAGUGUGCAGAGACUGCCUGCUGGGAAAGUCCAGAUAGUCUCCAAAAAAGUGAACUACAGCCAUAUCCAGUCCAAGUGUGGCUCCAAGGACAAUAUUAAGCACGUGCCUGGAGGCGGCAGUGUUCAGAUCCAGAACAAGAAGGUGGAUGUCUCCAGGGUCUCCUCCAAGUGCGGCUCCAAGGCCAACAUCAGGCACAAGCCAGGUGGAGGAGAUGUCAAGAUCGAAAGUCAGAAGCUGAACUUCAAGGAGAAGGCCCAGGCGAAGGUGGGGUCUCUGGACGUGGGCCGCCUGUCUGCAGGGGGCGCUGCCAAGACAGAGGGCAGUGGCAGCGAGGCCCCUGCAUGUUCCGGCCCCCCAGCUGGGGUGGAGCCAGCCACCACCGAGGCAGCACCCGAAGCCAGCUUCCCCUCCUCAGCCAGUGGCCUCAGUGGCCACGCCACCCUGGCCAGCGGGGAUGACCAAAGGGAGGGCCAGGCCUUGGACAGCCAGAUCCAGGAGACAAGCAUCUAAUGAUGACAUUCUGGUCUCGUCUUCCAUCCCCCGUGUCCCCGUCUGUGUCCCUUGUUACCCUCUCCCUUCCCUCCUCCCGUGUCCCUGCAGAUUGAGACCCACAGGCUGAUGUUCCAGGCAUCGACCACGGGCCGACACUGUCCUCUGUUCCCCUGCCCUGGGGGCCCCGGCUCAGGCCUCCCCACCACCCGCCCACCACUUUCUCCCUUGCUUGCCCAGGGCAGUAGACGCUUCCCCUCGCAUUGUUCCUGCCCCCGCCCGAGCUCUAUGGGGGCUGGGCAGGGGAGCUGGGAACCCAGGUCCGAUCUCCUUUUGCUUGUUUGGGUUUUUUUGGACCAAACCCAAGAGAAACUGACACGCUUCCCUCCUCACGGGGUCCCCAGGGCGGAGGGUGGAGGCAGCGUCCGCGUGAUGGCGAGGGCGCUGCCUGCACCUUGGAGCCCCUCCCUGUGACCCUGCAGUGGUGCCCACUUGUGCCCCUUGCGACGUUAGGGUCAGGGCGGCCCUGCUGCCUCCCACGCCUGCCCGGCUGCUGUCAUGCUUUUUUUUCUUGUUUUGACCUAAGGACGGUGGCGUUGUGCAGGUUGGAGCCAGGUCUAAGCGAAAGUCCUCAGUAGGUGUUAAGGGGAUGGGGGAGGUCCUCAGGCCCUGGCCAGUAGUCAGGCUGGGGCGUUCUGCCCGAUGCGGAGGUGGUGAGGGACUGCGGCUGGUGAGCAUGUAGGGCUGGUCAGUGUGGGCUUUGGUUCUGGCACUUCGUGCGUGUGCUGCUUCUCUUCUCUAACCAAGAGGCUGGCUUGGCAUCUGUGUCUCAUUCCCUGGAUCUGGUGGGAGAUACACGGUCAGGGCUGGAGAACGGACAGGCCAGGUCGAUGCCCAGGCCGCAGGCCUGCUUGGCACUUGUGCCCAGGAGCCCAAGGUGUCCAGACUGGUGUGGACAAUGGGGAAUCAGAUCUGGAAAUUUAAGUGCAAAGGCAUGAGAUGAGCCAUCCACCUCAAUGGAACCUGGCUGGAGGCGUCCCAGCCCUGUGGUCCAGGGAUUGCUGCGAUGACGGGGUCCAGGAAAUUGCAUUGACACACAGAUUCUUACUGCACUUGUACUUUUUGUAUUAAAGUUUGCAUGGUUUCUAAUAAAGGAGUAAAGCCUAA